CAAGCAAGGUUAAGGUUUUUUGGAUGCGGGUCUCUCGUGCAUGGCAUGGUGUAUCGUAGAUAGCACGGUCUUGGAUUUUGAUCUUUCGGCUCUCAUCUGAGAUACUGUGCACUGGAAAUAAACGAAGAUCACAAUCAUGAUGACGCAAAUGAGUCAAAAAGGCGGUCUCACUCUACUCAACCGACGAGGCCAGCUUGUCGCUGCUGCUUUCGUGGCAAUCGGGGCGGGAAGCCACUCUCUGUGCCUCGCAACCGCCGCAAACGGUCAGUCCCCGGAACAACCAACGACGGUCCGUGUUAGCACGGACGAAGAGGAUGCCAGCACUAGUUCGCAGCAAAAUUUCCCAUCCCCGCGGGCCUUCGUGCAAAAGCGGCAGAAAGCGGAACCUGCUACUGAGAACAGCGAUGAUGUUGAACCUCUCGUUGACGACGUCGCGGAAACCGUGGCGGAGGGUGCGGAAGCGGUACAGGAGGGCGUGGUAGCCGCGGCGGAGGUUGUGGAAGAGAUUGCAGAUGUUCUGGUGGGCAACUGGUUUUUGCGCGCUGACGCAGCGCAAAUUCGCGCAUUGUGCGGCACGCUGGAGGACUGCAAGAGUGCGGUUCUGUCGGAACAGCAGCAACGGGACUUGGACGAGAUCACCCUGGAAAACCUGCUGGGCAGGACGCACCCCAAGUGCGCGACGGAAUUUUCCGCGUGGAUGCGGCCACCGUACGUCCAGAAGGAAAACGCGAUCGCGGUGGACAUGCAGAACCGGGAGGAGAAAACCUGCCUUUACGCCGAGGGGUUUCACCUGAUUCCAACUUUUGCGGGAGGCAGGGACUACCGCGAGCUGGCACCGCUGGCGGAGCGCGUUGCGACGAUUCAGUUUUUUGCCUCGUAUUUCGAGAAAAUCGGAAAGGCCGUGAAGAUUCCGAUGAUCGCGCUGCACAAGGAGCUCAUGGAGACCGAUGUGGAUGACUACCGGACCAAAGUCGAGUAUGACUGUCGCGCCCACGUCAAAAUGUUCGAGGACGCGGGGCCGGUGCUGCACAAAAUGAUCCAGAACUUCGGCGAAGGCACGGACGAUUACCGUGCGGGCCCAAACUUCGCUUUGAUCCGGCAGGAGCUGGCGAAGUUUAAAUCCCAGCUGCGUACGCCCCCCGUGGCCGCGAUGGUACUGCAGCUGGAAAGCUUGAACGCCUUGAAGGAUGUGCAGUUCCGCUACAAUGCGACGACCCAGAAUGCGACGCUGCGACUGUCCUACCCGCCCCGACUCGGCUUCGGCGCAAAGGUCCUGCCGACCUGCAACCCCCUGUACGAAAUCGACUUGGACCCGAAAAACCGGGCCAGCAUCGCCGUGGGAGUGUCGUUGUCCUUGAUAAACGCGGACAACUGCGGGACGGGCGAUUUGCAAACGUUCCCCGCGCCGAAGCAGGCGUUCGGGAAGAUCGUGCGUGCGGGCGUGCAAGCGAAGUUCGACGCCGAGGAGGAGUACGUGAAAACUGCUGCUAUUGGACUAGAACCUGGUGAAAAAGUAUUUGAGCGAAAAAAGUUCGUUGCGAUCGUUCAUUUUUGCGAUUUACAAAAACAAAAAGAAAAAGUAUCGUAUCCAAAGGAGGUGAUGCGGAAAAAUAAAUGCAUAUUCCCACAAUUGAGGCCCUGUGUGUGCGUGAGGUUUUCCUUUGUGAUGUGUCAUCUGCAGCACAAGAAGAGAAAGUUGUGGUGCCAGAAAAUACAUUGAUGCGCUGCAUAAAAAAAGCAACCGCUGUGGCAAACUUUUUUCAGUCCAUGAAAGGAGUACCUGCUGGGAAACCUGGUGGACGCGUCCCGGGGCGAGUUUGACAUGGGGGAGGAAACUGAGGCGUUUCAGGAGGGGUUUCGGCGGUACGACAAGGAGAUGCCGCUGGAGGGGCACACGAAGCCGCUGAAGAUCACUGUGCCCGCGGUGCUGGCAAAUUCCACCGCCGUCUUGGUGCUUGACCGCGCGCCGGGCGACACGUACACGAACCUGCGGAACGAGCAGAUCGCGGAGGGAAAGGAGGGCAAACGCGUGACCGACUGGGAGAUGGCUAUGCAAUCGUACAUUCAAGCUUACAUGGUGUGGCAACGGGAGGCGUGCCCCGCGCACGGCGCGGAGGGGUUUCUCCACGGGGACCCGCAUUUGGGGAACAUUUUGUUCGCGACGCAGUCCCAGCUGGAGAGCCCUGCCAGCGAGCGGUACAGUGGCGUCUUUUCCUUCAUUGAUUUCGGGAUUGUGCAGAAGUUACCGCAGCACUACGCACUGUGCGACCGGUUGUUUCUCUACAUGAUGUGUUUUCUGGAGGGUGCGCUGAUCCGCAACACCACGAGUGGCCUGCCGGACGACGACGCGCGAUGGCAGUUUUGGGAAAGCACCGUGGCGCCCAUUCUGGGCACGAACUUCAAGCCCUCGCCUCCGGAGGGAAUCGCGCCGGCCAACUACGAGGACGCAAAGAGGCGCGUGGUGAAGUCCAUUUUCGCAGCGGGCGAUGCUGCUUUGGACAGUUUUCUGCGUGCCGCACGGUCGAAGGAAAAGAGAGGGGCGGCGGCAAAAGCACAAGCGGCAGGUGCUUCGUCCUCGAACCACGCUGCGCCGUCGUUUCUGCAGGAAGUGGACCAGGAAGACUUUUGCCGCGGGUCCGCUUGCGCGCCAGCAGAACUACAGCGGGAUCAACAGCAAAUGUUUCCUCGCGGGGGCCUCUCUUCACAUCGAGCCAUGCGGGGCCUCGCACCGUACUCGUCGUUUCUUCUCAAAAAAGAUGACGACGAAGGGGACGCCGCAGUGGACUCGGAGCCCCACCAGCCCACCGGAUCUCUCGAUCCGACGGUUUUGCUGACGAAUGUGCAGAUAGCGGCCUUCGACGAAUUUUUGAUGAGCUACAACAUGUUCGAGCCGAUUCCCAUGUUCCUCAAGUUCUACACUGCUUUCGUGAAGCGGUGGCUGAACGGAUACCAAACGCUGAGUUUUACACUGCACGCCGUGGCUAAUACCACUAGCGAGAGCGAGGCUCUUGAUCGCUAUAUGCAGUUGACGAUGUCGUAUUUGCAGGUCGUGAUCGGGGCCGCGUGGGAAAACAUCGCAAUGACGGGGGAGUUGGCGAAAUUGGCAAAGCGGUCGGAAGAACGGUUGCCGGAGGAGGACGCGGGCCUGUUUCGACGGCACUUCCUGGAAGUUCCGCUUGUUGCUGCUCCCAAGUGGUUGCGCCGUGCGAUCGACUGGAUGGGCAUCACAAAUGUGUAUGCGGGUGUGAGCAGGGUGGAGUCAGGAGUCGUGCAGCCUGUGUAUCGCAUGUACCAAGCGUCCGGGCGAAGGAUGCGCGCGGCGAGGGACUGGAUGCAGGAGAAGAGGGACCAAGCGAGAGAGAAAGCGGCAAGCUACAGGAGCUGGUCUAUCCCGAGUACUAAAAACGUCGUACCCACCAGUCGCAAAGGGAAAAUCAGUCAGACAAGUCACGCAUGAUCUUUGGCUUGAAUCAAGAAUCCACGUGCUCAUCCUGAGCAAAGCACGAGAUAUUUUUUGCGACUAGUAAUUGAAUAUGCUGCUGAUGGGGCUGACCGCGCAUAAGACACAUCCUGGGUUGUAUGCAGCUUUGCAUGAGAAAGAGUAUUAAGAGAAUGAGAAAUCUGGGCUAGGUGCGGCGCUUUUACACAGGAUAUCGCUGGGCGAAAAGUGGACGAACAUGACAGGGAGUUUAUCCACGGAAAAUAAAAGAAAAAGAACUGUCGUCUUGAUGGUGUAGCUCUCCUGUGAUGCAGUCGAAGCAAGACAUUUGCACUUGUCAUGCCGGACAUUCAUGUCAUGAGUAGUUUCGCGUUCAUCUUGUGCUGCAGCUCUCCAGGACAACUUCAGCUUUCUUAUUUCUGAUUCUGUCAUGCCGUUGGUUUAAAGAAGCUCCUACAGCACUACCACUAAACAUAGUUCUUUUCUUGGAUAGGGCCAUGGGCAGCCGGGGCCGGCGCAGUAGAUCGCGACAAAACGGGGGGCGCAUGGGGGUCUCCUCCAGGGUGUGGUGGAUAAGUGAAACAUUUGAAAAUUAUACGUGCAGUUUAUUGAAAUUGAAAAAAGAAAAUGAAUUCAAAUCUUGUUAAAUAAUAGAAAACGAAAAGCAUCAGCUAUGGUCUCUCCUGAAACUAUCUUGCAAAUACCAAUCAGUCCGGUUUGUGUUUGUCAGAGAAGGUGCGUAACGAGCUCGGCCGAAGCAGAAUCUGAAGCAUCGAUGACCAGCCUACUAGGAAUUUACUGAAAUUAGUUGCAACGGUUACUAAUAUGGCGCGCAGGUGUGAAGGAUCCAUAUCCACCUUUGAACUUAGAGCACUGGAUUAUCGCAGCAUUUAAGAGUAAGGAUAUAUGAUCAGACUGAUACGAGUUUCAGUUUCGCAGAUAACUUGAAUAUAAAUAUAUUUGUUUCGAAAUUAUUUUGCAUUUUUGUAUCAAUAUGUUGACGUUCCAACGAAGAAAAAUCUUGAAAUCUGCACGAUGAAAUUGGUUUACCUCAUGAUGAAAGUAAGGCUAAGUGGCGAAAAUAUUAUUGAGACUGAAGAAAGCUGCUCGUCCGGAGGGAACCUGUCUUUGUGGCAGCUCUCUCAUUGGGAUGUUAACUUUUGGAGAAAGAUGAUUUUCGUUCUUGCAGAAC